AUGUGGAUAUGUUUUCUGGGUUUGUGGAUGUGUUUUCUGGAUUAUGUGGAUAUGUUUUCUGGGUUUGUGGAUGUGUUUUCUGGAUUAUGUUGAUAUGUUUUCUGGGUUUGUGGAUGUGACUGGAUCUAGGUCUGGGUUGCUUUGUUUGUGGAUUUUGUGGAUUUGAUUAGAUCUGGGUUGCUUUGUUUUCUGGGUUUUGUGGAUAUGUUUUGUGUGCGUUCCGAUAUU